AUGAUAUCAACCGUGAAGCGUUUCAUCCGUAAAGGUGUUCCGGCAAAGUUACGACCUCAAAUAUGGAUGAUUAAAUGUCCGAACGAGGAUCCAAUGAUUGGUACAGCGCGCACUGUGGAUUCAAACGUUUUGGAAUUAAUAAAACUCGAUUUGCCACGCACUUUUCCUGACAACUCACGAAUCUUGAACGAAGUCGGACGUCGGACGCUGGCACGCAUUUUAUUCAACGUCGCAAAACGUUUCCCUGAUAUUGGUUACUGCCAGGUAAGCAGUCUGUUACAACAUAAAUAAAU